AUGGCACUCGAUAUCCAAACACUCGCACACUUCAACAACAGACUGCUCAACCGCCAGGAACUAACCCUGCUCGUAUCACAUCCCGCCCAGUCCUUCAAAAAGGCUGAUCUGGCCACCGUUCUCAAGAAGAAGUACAAUUCCAAUUAUGUGAUAAUACACGGCAGCAGGACCGAGUUUGGCACGUGCCAGACCAGGACGGUAGCGCGUAUUUAUGAGAGUAAGGAGCAGUUUGAGAAGAUUGAGGAUUGGUUUGUGCUCAUAAGGGAAGGUAUGGCGAAGAAGGAUAAGGAGGCGAGGAGAGUCAGGAAGGAUAAGAGGAAGAGAAGAGUGGCAAGCUGGGGAAGUGCGAGGAGACAGGAGAAGAAAGCGGAGAGAAAGCAGAAGUAA